ACACACUUUAUAAUAAGUUGAUAUUAAAUUUCCAAAAGUAUUGGAAAACAACAUAGAAGUUGUUUCUCAAACACAAAGAAAAGAAAACAAAAAUGGCGUCAACCGAUACAGACGUGACACUGAUUCCCACCGACGAGGGGUCGAAUCUUGCUGGCCCAUCUUCUUUAGCUCCAACUUCUGCUGCUUCUAAGAAGCCGAAACGUUUCGAGAUCAAAAAAUGGAACGCCGUUUCUCUUUGGGCUUGGGAUAUUGUGGUUGAUAAUUGCGCGAUUUGUAGAAACCAUAUCAUGGAUCUCUGCAUCGAGUGCCAAGCCAACCAAGCGAGUGCUACCAGUGAGGAGUGUACUGUUGCGUGGGGAGUCUGCAAUCAUGCAUUUCAUUUCCAUUGCAUCAGCCGAUGGCUUAAAACCCGUCAAGUUUGUCCUUUAGACAACAGCGAGUGGGAGUUCCAGAAGUAUGGCCAUUAGCACUGUUUCACUUAUUGAUUGUGGAAUCCAGAGAAUAUGGGUGCGUUUCGAUGAGUGGAUGCCUACUUCAGUCUUUGCAGCUGUUUGCAUAAUGGAACUAUACAUAUUUGUCGUGCAACAUCAAAAAUCAACUUACCUGCUUUAGGUUGUGAAUUGUUGGGCAUUGGCCAGUGCUUGAACUGUUGGAGAGAAAGCUCUAUCUUUCUCCAUAUUGCACAUUGUUUAUCCAAUUGUUUCUCUUUAUUGUUGUAUGAACAUUAACUACAGAAGUAACAGGGAGAACUACUAUAGUAUCUGA